AUGAGCACAGAUAUCAUAGUGAACAGUGAUCCAAUACUUUCAUCCUCUUGGACAAAAUAUAAAGUUUUUAAAAAAUUAUAUUCUGGUGGAAAAGUGGAAUAUGACAAUCAUUCAAAGAUACUUUACAUGCUUUGUGAUGGUUGCAUUUUAGCAGUUUCUAUAGAAAAAGGUCCAUUUGUAAUCUCUACUAUUGGACCUUAUAACCAAGAUGAAGUUUUGGGGACUGAACAUUCUGAAGAAAUCAUCACUUUUGGAUAUUUUAAUAAAAAUGUUAACAAUAGAUUAAUACUUACAAUUGGAUCAAAAGGAAUCUUUCGACUUUGGAAAGUUAUUAUUAAACAUGAUGAAUUGGAAGUUGUUAAUUCUGUCCAAUUUGAGUACCUGAAAUCUUGGAAAUCUGGACAAGCUAGUAUAGCUGAAAUAGAAUUUGAUUUUACUGGUCAAUAUGUUUCAACUGGAGGUACUGAUGGUACAAUUCAAAUAUAUGAUGCAAUUGGAGGUUUUACAACGCAUAAUUAUAAGGCUCAUAAGUCUCUUAUUACAAAAUUAAAGUUUCAUAACAAAAGAUGGCUUUUAUUUUCUACUUGUGUUGAAGGUUUUAUUUCCAUUUAUGAUUUAACUACUAAUCAAAUUAUUGUACAAACUAAUUCCCACUAUAGUGUAAUACACUCUUUUGAUUUAUUUGAAAUCAGUUUAAACAGCAAUUCCCUUGGAGGCUUAGUUACUUCUGGAGCUGAUAAUAUGAUCAAUAUUUGGGAUCUUGAUCAAAUCCCUAAUUCAACUUCUAUUGGAAUAUUAAAUACCAAAAUUGAUGAUAAAAGAGAUAAUAAUGUAUCCAAUAAAAAAAGAAAAAAGGAAAAUUCUUCAAAAGCUGAAAAAAACACUGUUAGUUUAGAAUUAAAGCCAAUUAAACAAAUCCAUACAUCUGAAACUGUAUUUUCUUUAAAAUGUACUCCAAAUGUACUUAACCUUAAAGACGAUGAAAUUGUUGAUAAUAAUGGUGUUCAUAAUAACAGCCAUGAAGUUAAUUCAAGAAAAAAUUGUCCAUGGGUAAUUUUGUCAGGUAAUGAAAAAUCUGGAAUUCAAUUUUGGAAUCCAAUUCAAGGUUCUUCAAUUAAAACUUUGUCGCCAAAAAGCUAUUCUUCCAACCAAUCUGCAAUUCUUUACAUGUUCUUAGACUAUCAAAGAGAGUCCGAAAAUAAUAUAAAACCAUCAAAUAGCUUUCUCAUCCUGGUUACUGAAGACAGAAAUAUUAUUAUCUUAUCUUACCCAAGCCUUAAUUUAUUCACCACAUUUUUUGGAAAUACUCCAGAUUAUAUUCAAUUAGCCCUUUUUAUUAAUAAUAAUCCCCAUGAUCAACAUAAUAGUUUGAAUUUAAAAGAUGAUAAUGAUAAUAUUUCAUUAAUAAAUGAUAAACAAAAAUCAUUAAACUGUGUAAUUCUUGAUAGUACAGAAACUCCACAAAUUAUGUCAUUAAAUAAAUAUCCAUAUUUUAAAAGUACACUUAUUGGUCAUAAAAGCACCGUUUUAACAAUGGAUAUUUCCAAAUGCUCAAAUAUAAUUGCCACCGGAAGUAAAGAUGAAACUAUUAGAAUUUGGUCCACUUAUAACCAAGAAUGUCUUGCAGUACUUACUGGACAUACAUCAUUAAUUACUGCAUUAUGUUUUCAAAAGAAAACUUUUAUACGUGGAAAUACCAACUUUUACUUAUUUUCCGCCUCUAAUGAUAACACUUUGAAAGCUUGGAAUAUUGCUAAUAUUAUGCCAGGAGAUUUUUCAAAAUCUUGCAAAAAAUUCUGUAAUGACCAAAACUCUGUAAUUGCUAUACAUAAUGUAAUAGCUCACAAAAAAGAAAUUAAUCAUAUUAGUAUAUCUCAUAAUGACAAAUUUAUUGCAACUUGUUCUGAAGAUAAAACCAUCAAAGUUUGGUCUUUUCCUGAUCUAAAACUUCAAGGAACUUGUAAAGGUCAUUUCAGUGGUGUAUGGCAAUCCAGCUUUUCUCCUAUUGAAAAGAUUAUUGUAAGUGCUUCAUCUGAUAGUACUAUUAAAAUAUGGAAUUUAAAUACAUUUCAAUGCAACAAAACUUUACAAGGCCAUGACGGUUCAGUUCUUCAAGUGGACUUCCUCGGAAAUGGUCUUCAAAUAGUUUCUUGUGGUUCAGAUAAUCUAAUUAAGCUUUGGAAUAUAAAAACUGGUGAAUGUAUUAAGUCAUUUUCUGGGCAUAAUGAUAGGAUUUGGACCUUGAAUCUACUUAAAGAGUCAAAUUUAAAUAAUUUGUCAAUGAAUAAUGACCAUGAUAUUUAUAAAUCUGAUUCUUCCACAUUAGAUAACACCAGUUCAUGCAAUUUACAAAGAACUAGAUUUAUGGCAACAGGUGGAUCUGAUUCUCAACUUAUACUUUGGAUGGACAAUACUAAACAGGUUGAGGAUGAGAAAAACCUUAAAAGCCUUAAAAGAAUGGAAGAUAUUAAUGAAAUUGAUAUGCUUUUCAAUAGAAAAGAGUAUCUAGAUGCUUUAAAUCUUUCUUUAGGCCAGAAAUUACAGUAUAAAACUUAUCUGAUUCUUGAGAAACUUUUAAAGCCAUGUUUUAAUCAUGCUGAAAUGUUUAAAAUACUCAAUUCUGAAGAAAAAUCCACUGUUAAAGAUGAGACCAAUAAUAUUAAAAGUAUCGUUGAAUGGAUUGAGAAUUUGGAAACUCAGGAAUUAUCAACUUUAUUUAGUUUUAUGCUUGAAUGGAUUACCAUUUCAAAAACUGUUUGGAUUUCAAAUUCACUCAUGUAUAUCAUAUUGACUAAAAUUGAAUCUCACAAACUUUAUAAAGUUGAAGGUUUUGUACAAAUUGUACAAGCAUUUAGAUCUUAUAAUAUGAAGAUCCAAGCACAUUUAUCCACACUUUAUCAGAAAUCGUACAUAUUGGAUUACUUAUUCCUUUCAAACCAAAUUUUUCAGAGUAAUCAUCUUAACCACUUGGAAAAGAAAGAAAUUUCUAACCAAAGUAAUCUAAAUGAUGAUGCUCUUGGAAUUACUUUGGAUACUUUAUUUAAAAAUUAG